UUUCGCUGAAGUCAUAAAACAUAUGAUAGGUGCAUGCAGUGUAUAACCUUGAUAUUGCCAGGAAUAAUUCAUAACUCGUAACUGACCGAGUACUGAAGAAAAACAACCCAUCAGUAAUUUAUAAUGAUUGUAGUGGAAUAAUUGUUGUUUAUAUGUCUUUACAAUAAUUGGAUGAUCGGAAACUUAUCAACAGAAUAACAAAGUGCUCAGAAAAAUGAUCAUGGAAAUCGCUGGUAAUACGGAAUAUCUAAGAUAAAAGUGAACACCCUUGUGAUUUAUUUGUAAUGGUGCACGCUGUACAGAUCGUAAAAAUAUCAUUGAACCACUGAGCAAUAAACCUACUGAGUAUGCAACUAUAGAAGUAAGAGUGAUCACUCAUGAAGUUUGCCGUAGAAAUGGAGAAACCUAAAGAUCAAGAUGAAAAAGAGGAAGUAUCAAGAUCUGUAGGUACAAAGGAUAUGGUGGAUAUGUAUAGUCAGUCGGCUACAAUCCAUGGAGUUUCAAACGUUGGUGCUCCACAGAUUUAUAAAUUUAGAAGGAUCGUUUGGAUUACUUUAUUGCUGGCAAUGUCUAUUAGUCUGAGUUGUAUAGUAUAUCUCCAGUUUCGACGUUAUCAAGAACAUCCGUCCAUGACGAUUGUAAAGGCUGAAUUUAACGACGAGUUGAUUUUUCCGGCCGUGACCAUUUGUAACACGAACCAGUAUCAUCGAAGCCGGCUGCCAGACGAUGCCCCAAUGCUGAAGUUGCUUUAUAACCUCAGUGAAUUUGCCCAUAUAGGGAAAUAUCUGAAUUUCACAAAAGAUGACUCAAACGAAGAUCCAGUUUUCAUUACCCAUCACACCGGUGACUACCUUUAUUCUUUUGCAAUGGCUGCAGCCCACACCCUAAAGGAGAUGUUUUACUUCUGCUCGUGGAAAGGACGUCAGGUCAACUGCAGUGAGGUUUUUAAAAGAGAGGUAACGGAUGUUGGAGUGUGUUACCGCUUUAAUGGGAACACCUCCGAUGUAUUAACGACGACUACCACUGGAUCUAGAAGUGGACUUCGUGUCAUCCUAGAUAUUCAGCAAAAUUUUUCUUUCUUCUCCACAACAUCCCAGUCUGGCAUUAAGGUUUUGUUGAAUGAGCAGAACGAAUCUCCCAAUUUAUCGAGUCACGGUUUGUUUGUUAGACCUGGGACCUCAACAGCUCUCGGAGUCAGAAAAGAAGAGAGAAUUGGAUUGGAGAGUCCAUAUAAAGCCUUUGGAACAUCCUAUUGCUAUAAUACGAGGGCGGAAGGAUUUGAAACACCGCUGAAGAGAUUCGCGAACUACACGUACACCAGAUCUACGUGUCAACGUAAUUGUGUGCUUGAUCAUAUGAUUAAACAAUGUGAAUGCAGACACUUCUUUAGUCCAGGAGAAGAAGACUUUUGCUCUCUAGAACAGUUAGAACACUGUUACAUUCCAACAUUCACAGACAAGACAAUGGAGGAGGUGGUACAUAAGUGCAUUGCUUGUCCAAGUAGAUGCCAUACUAUCAGUUAUAACACACAGUUGUCAUCAGCUGACUUUGCUUCAAGUUUUACAAUUGAUUAUAUGGUUGAUGCAGGAUUGACACAAGACAGCGAUUAUAUAAGGAACAAUGUUAUUGACUUGAGGAUAUUCUACGAUACCUUGACAGUUACCAAAACAGAACAGAUACCAGAGUUGACGGUACAGGGGAUAUUGGCUGACCUGGGAGGACAUAUGGGCUUGUUUCUUGGAGCAAGUAUACUUUCGGUAACUGAGCUGGCCGAAUUUGUGGCGCUUUAUAUUAUGGAAUGGUGGAAACGAAGACGGCAAAAGAAACCAAAGUCAAGCAGUCCAAGUCAGCAACAAAUGACCGUUAUGGAUAACGUAGCUAUGUCUUGAUUAUUUUGUGUUAGUGAUCAGGUGAGACCAAUGGUAUGGUAUUCGCAGAAUGAGUAGGUUGAGAACAAAAUGUGAUAAAAGGCAAAAUGUCGAAUAAUAAUUGGACUUUUUCCAAUAAUGACAUAUGAACUGUUUCAAAUAAUGUGGGACUAAAAGACAGAGGAACUAUGCGAGCUUAAAAGGACGACCCAAUUGAUAGUCUGUGAAUUUAGGAUGAAGAUGUUUUGGCAUCAUGGAUCCUCAACAGUCUUGAGAGACUGGUUUAAUUUAUUAAAAACUCUUUGCAAACUGGUAAUUCCAUUAAGUUUUUAACUUUAAAUUGUGUGAUAAACUUCCCGAGCAUUACCUCCUGCGAUGCUCUUUACAUUCAAAUGCACGAACAGAAACCCUAGGCAAACUACAACAUGAUUUUAAAAACAUAAAUUGUCUUCUAUCCGGCUCCACUACCUACAGUCUAGAUGUUGAUAGGUCAAAAAGAUUUUAAUGUCGAUAAAAUAGUAUUUUACCAUUUAUUAAAUGUACAAUUUUGAAUUUUUUCGGAUGUUUACUAAAAAAUGACCUACUUUAUCUAUUGUACAUUUUCAUCCAUUCUAUUAUAUUUAUAUAAUAUGUAUGUGUUUGCCAUUUUAACUAUGUAUAUACACCCAUUUGCAAUAAUAUUAUAUAUAUAUAUAUUAUUUAGGGGGAGGAAUUUUACAUAGGCUAAGCCUGUUCCCCA